AUGCAUCUAUCCACAGCCCUCGGCGUCAUUUCUCUCCUGUCAACGGCCAAAGCCCAGACCAAUAUUCACUUCGGUCCUGCGUUCUCUCUCGGUCCAACAAAGUCAUGGAUUCGUGAAGCUACGACGACGCUUGUUCUGCCACGAGUUCCUGGCCAAAAGGACCGUCUGGCUUUGUGGCCUGGCAUGGGCACCAGCAGCGGCUCACUAAUCCAAGCUUUGGCUGUCUCUUUCGCAGACCCUGGACUCGAAUGUGGUGGUCAACCUGGGCAGUGGUGUACCUGGGCUUCGACUCUGCAAGAAGGUACACAAUUGGGCGAUAAGAAAAUUCCAGCAAGUCCUGGCGCCCGAUUGACGAUCCAUUACGUGUACAAUGAUGCUACGCAACAAUACGAUCAGAGCGUGGCCAUCGAUGGCACCAUUGUCUCAACUCUUUCAACAGCAACAGCUUCUGGUCAUGCCGAAGGUUGGGGCACAGCCGUUGAAUGCCAGGAUGCCGCUUGCGUUGAUUAUAUCGAUACGACCAUCAUUCUGGAUCAAGCUGAUCCUUCCUUCAGCAACACCCUGGGUCUUAAUGAAGCCACGUCGUCGGGACUGACCUCUCCCGAUGGGGGUAAAACUUGGACAGUGGGCACCAUCAGCCACAAGGCCUUCAAUUUCAAUUUCCCUAGUUGA